GAGCUGCUGAACAUGGCGGCUUCUUCGAGUGGGGAGAAGGAGAAAGAACGGCUGGCGGGUGGCUCGGUAUCUUCUGGCGGUAACAGCACGCGGGAGCGGCUGUUGUCUGCGCUUGAAGACCUGGAGGUCCUGUCUAGGGAACUUAUAGAAAUGCUGGCUAUUUCAAGAAACCAAAAAUUGUUACAGUCUGGGGAGGAAAACCAGGUCUUGGAAUUAUUAAUUCACCGAGAUGGGGAAUUUCAAGAACUAAUGAAAUUGGCACUUAAUCAGGGGAAAGUCCAUCAUGAAAUGCAAGUUUUAGAAAAAGAAGUAGAAAAGAGAGACAGUGAUAUUCAACAACUACAGAAACAACUAAAGGAAGCAGAACAAAUACUGGCAACAGCUGUUUACCAAGCAAAAGAGAAACUCAAGUCAAUAGAAAAAGCAAGAAAAGGUGCUAUCUCCUCUGAAGAAAUAAUUAAGUAUGCACAUAGGAUCAGUGCAAGUAAUGCCGUGUGUGCGCCACUGACCUGGGUUCCAGGGGACCCACGUAGACCAUACCCAACUGAUUUAGAGAUGAGAAGUGGAUUACUGGGUCAGAUGAACAAUCCUUCCACUAAUGGUGUGAAUGGUCAUUUACCAGGAGAUGCCCUUGCAGCAGGCAGACUGCCAGAUGUCCUGGCUCCACAGUAUCCAUGGCAGUCAAAUGAUAUGUCAAUGAAUAUGUUACCGCCAAAUCAUAGUAAUGACUUUUUGUUGGAACCUCCUGGGCAUAAUAAAGAAAAUGAAGAUGAUGUAGAAGUUAUGUCAACAGACUCUUCAAGUAGUAGUAGUGACUCUGAUUAAAAAAAAAAAACAUGAAACAGCAUACAGAAUUGAAUAUGUAGAAUUCUGUUUCUUGAACACUAGCAGGGAAAGUAAA